UAGUAUAAUACGCGCGCGUUCGCUUUGCUGCAGUUUUAUGUACGGCUCGGAGUCGGAUCGGACUACGCGAGCAGGGUUACCGGGUCACCGUGACGAUUAACAUAUAAUAUAAGUACGCGUCGUGUUAAAUUGUUGGACGCGAUGUAAUUAAGAUACCUAAAAUAUCACUGCGCGAUAUGUAGCUUUUCGUCUCGUACUCGAUCAAUCGUAUCUUGACCACACGCGUGAUGAGAGCCGUCUGCUGUUUUCUCUUGUCUCAUCGUCCCGAAAGUUCUGCAACGAUAUGAUUUCGAAAGCAAACGUACGACGUCGUCUUAUUGUUCCCCCGACCAGUUUGAAGAUACUCGAGUGAUGAAGGUUGAAAACAGUGAUGUGCCCACAAUAUUCAACCCACGGAAGCCUAGACUUUCGCAAAGUAAUGCCGUGCUGACGUCAGACCACAGGCCUUAUGGUCCUUUCUCGCACGUGCUGUCCAGAAGUGAAUCUCUGUGUCAGCCCGAAGAUGUGGAACAAGUGGAACAGUGCCAGCGGAGGCAGUUGGGCGUGUUCAAGAGGCUGAAGAACAAAUGCUGUUCGAAACAUGCGAGGAAGGUAUACUACGGUUUGUGCGUCACUUUUUUCGUCACCGCGUCUUGGGUUGGUGCCACGCACGCUAUCAAGUACCUAUAUAUGUAUCAUCCGACCAAAUAUCCGGUGCUCACAGGCAGCGGGUUCAAUUUUUCAUCCAUACACCAACAAACGCUGAUGACGUACAACGCACCGUUCUUCACCACGUGGUUUUGCACGAACUGGACCGUGCUGUUCUUCCCGCUGUACUUCUUCUGUCAGCUGGGCAGCCCCAACUACCAGACACCCACCGACAUACUGGGAGAGAGCGUCCGGAAUUUCCGGGACCGCGGGUUCACCGCCGCACACUUCCUGACGCGGUGCUGCAUGUUCUGCAUGUUGUGGGUGUUCACCAACUACCUGUACAUACAUGCGCUCAGCAUACUCGUAGCCACCGACGCCCUGGCAUUGUUCGCCAUCAACGUGUGCUGCGUGUACCUGCUGUCUUGGGUCAUACUCCACGAUCAGUUCGUCGGCGUCCGGAUCGUGGCUGUCAUCCUGUGCAGCACAGGGGUGGCUUUACUAGCCUACAUGGACGCCGGCAUUACGAACAAAAAGAAGACCAUGACCGGGGUUCUGUUAGCGGCUUUAGCUGCUGCCGGGUCGGCAGUAUAUAAAGUCAUGUUCAAAAAAAUGAUCGGCGAUGCUACUUACGGUCAAGUGUCGCUAUUUUUUUCACUCAUAGGUCUUUUGAACGCCGCACUUCUCUGGCCAGUGUGUUUAGUUUUGUACUUUUCCGAAGUCGAAAUACUUCAUUGGGACCGCUUGCCUUGGAUGAUACUAUUAUCGGCCAGCACGCUGUCAUUGGUCGCGAACUUACUGGGAAAUUUGAGCGUUGCGUUCACUUACGACAUAUUCAUUACGUUCGGACUAAUCACCGCUGUUCCCGUGUCUGCAGCCAUUGACAUAACCAUACACGAUGUACAGUUUUAUGGUAUGAAACUUGCUGGCAUCAUACUUAUAUCGAUCGGUUUCUUAUUGGUCAUGUUUCCUAACAACUGGCCAGAAUACAUUUUUCGAUUGCUCAGGAAUAUAAUACUACUGAGUCAUAGCGCUAGGUGGAGCCGGAAGAACCGGGGACUACCACCCAACCCACCCAAAGUGGAAAUCGACUACCGGACCGGGUACAUCAGGUCGCAUUUGCGAUCUCCGUCUGGUCGGGUCAGGUGACCGACUACUGCCAUUGCCGCUCACGCACCGCGGACGUGGACAUCGUUAUUCGUCGUGAUCGAUAAAUCGACCGGCAAACCUUGUAAUAAUAAUAAUAAUAAUGAUAAUAAUUGUCAUAAAAUUGUCGUCGACGUAUGUGACUGCAGCAACAGUAUUGCGAAUGUUCCGAUUUCAUUUCUUAGCCGUUUUACUUCUAUAUACAUGUAAAUAAUAUUCCUUAGAGGCCGUGCUUGAAUUAAUAGGGGGAGGGGGGGGGGGGAGAAAGGCGAACUGCCUCGAGAAUUUUUGGAAUCAGAGAAAUUAUAAAUUUAUAUUAUUUCAUAACCUAGGCUCUGAGGCCCUCUGGACCUUGAAGGCGUGGCUAUAUGGGAACCAAAAAAGUGUACCAGGAAAUUACUUUUUCGUGAAUUGGGUGCUUUAUUGUACUAACUACUAACACUUGAUUUGAUUGUAUAAUCAAUAACUAAUAAAAGCAUGUAUAAUAUAAGAUAGUGUGUUUGGUUAUUAUAAUAUUGUAACUAAUGUCUUUGGCGUUUAAGUAGGUAGGUACCUAUAAUUUUUCUUGGAACUCCCAAAUUUAGACUUGACACGCAACAAAAAUAUGCGUCCCCCUUCAAUUUUAUUAUUUUUCCAAUUUAAGCACACCUUAGAGGCAUAUAACGUUAACACAUAUCCGAGCAUAAUAUUACUAGCCUGCUAGUAAUAUUAUACAUUUAUAAUAUUACAUGUUGUUCGUUGACAUUUUUGUAAAAUACGUUCGUGUUUCGAGUAUACUGUAUAAUAUGUAAUAUAUUAUUAUGUACAAUUGUUAUUAUUAUCAUUAUUAUUAGGUAUGUAGAUAAUGUUUGUCAAACGAAAACAGAAUUGAACAUAAAUUUACACAUUUUUCUUGUUUCUUGUUUAAUAUUUUUAAAAAAAAAAACGUAAUCAACUCGCCUAUUCGUAUUAUAUAGGUACAUAUUAUUGACAUAAAAUUACGUUAAUCACUCGAAUUUUAAUUUGUAAUGUAUUUCAAAAUGUAUACUUAUCCCUCGAUGGCGUGAAUUUAUAACAGAUUGCAGGAAACAUCUUGUGGAUUAUAAAGACGACAAUAUAUCCGUCCACGAGCAAUA